ACGCCGGAAGAGAAGGCAAUUCCUUUCCCAGCCAUCUUGUGGCGUCAACUAGCGAAGUGUUCGCACCAAGCCUCGUAGAAUCGGAGGAAAAUCCUGCUGAAGGGGCGUCAUCAUGCCCGGACAACUGCAAGAAGGUUUUGGCUGUGUUGUUACCAAUCGGUUCGACCAGCUAUUUGACGAUGAGGCCGAUCCUUUCGAACAAUUAAAGGAGGCAGAAAAGACUGCCGCCAAGACUGCUGCCUUGGCUGCAAAGCUACCCAAAAAAGAAUCUCAGAAGGACAGGAAGAUCCCUAUUCCUGAGAAGAAAGAAGAAACACCGGCACCCGUAGCUCUUAAAAAGGAUGGUGUGAGGAGAAUGGGCAGAAGGCCUGACCAGCAAGGCCCAACAGGGUCCCAGCAGCAGGGGGGUCAAGGGGAGGGACGUCCUCCCACAGAGAGGCGGACAGACCAGAGGAGGCCACCACGUGAACGCCGCUUUGACAAGCCUGGUGAUGAGAAGCCUGCUGAGGGAGGAGAGUUCUCUGUUGAAAAGUCUGCUGGUGACCGGCCGUUCAGAGGCCGUGGUGGCGGCGGCGGCAGAGGUGCCCCCCGCGGAGGACGUGGCAGGGGCAUUGGCAGAACCGAUGGCUUUGAUGCUCGUGGAAAACGUGAAUUCGAUAGACACAGCGGCAGUGACAGAUCCAGCAUGAAACCAGAGGAAAAACGUGGAGGUGGUGGAUCUCACAACUGGGGGACCGUCAAGGAUGAAAUGGGUGAGCUUGAUCAGUCCAACGUUACUGAAGAGGCCCCUGAGGGCGAGGAGCACCCCCCUGCUGACUCUGAGAACAAGGAAAACGAGGCCGGAGAGGUUAAAGAUGAAGCGGCCAAGGAGAUGACCCUGGAUGAGUGGAAGGCCGUGCAGGCUAAGGAGAAAGCCAAGGUGGAGUUCAACAUUCGCAAGGCCAACGAGGGAGCUGACAGCCAAUGGAAGAAAGGAUAUGUGCUGCACAAGUCUAAAACUGAAAACCCUGCCAUCAUUGAUACCGAAGUGGAAGUUGAAACAAAGACCGAUGAUGAACACCACGCUAGGAAGCCAGCCAAUGACAUCACAGCUCAGCUUGAGAUCAACUUUGGAGAUUUGGGCCGCCCAGGCCGCGGACGCGGAGGUGCCAGGGGGGGCAGGGGAGGACGUGGCGGUGGAGGUCGUGGUGGUGGCGGCGGUGGAGGUCGCGGUGAUGGCGGUGGAGAAGCUGGCGCAGGACCAGGACCAGGACCAGGAGCAGGACCUCCCACCACAAGGCCGCCACGCGGUGGUCGCACUGAGAAGCAAAGUGGAGUGUCUGUCCCAAACGUGGACGACCCUGAGGCCUUCCCGGCCCUUGCCUGAAUCCAGUCCCAGCGAGGCCACGCAGGGCCCCUCCUCUACGAGGCUUGCAUGCUUAAGGAUCCUUCAGCAGAUGAAAUGAUGGACUGUCAUCCAUGCCAUUCACCCCUGAGGACUGAAAUUUUACCUGUUUUAAAAAAAGGAAAAAAAUUAAGAAAAAAAAAAAGGAAAGGACUUCUUGCUACUCUGAAGCAAUUAUUGGUAGAGGUUUUGUAUUUUAGAAAACACGGUAGCAGGGAUGUUUUCAUACAGUAUUUUUUUCAGAGAUUAUGCAUUCUUCAUGGAUACCUUUUGUAUUGCUGCUUGAAAAUACGCAUUUCCAAACAGAUGUGAAGGGUGCAUCAGUAGGCCUGUGGUGUCCCAUGGUGGGUUGUCUUUUGUUAUUGUAAACAAUUGCCUCCAAUCAAGCAUCUUGGGAAUCAGACAAGGUCUUACAAUGCCGAUUACUUCUGAAAAGGUUACUGCCUUUAGUAAAUUGUCACCUGAAAACAGCAGAAUUUCAGUUCUGUUUGUUUUACUCAUCUAGGGGUCCAGCUGCUUAGACAUAGUAAUAUGGUCCCUUUGAGAUUCAUGGAUGAAUCUUUAUGGAAGAUUCAAGUGUAAAUGUUCAGAUGUAUGCUAAGUUCAUCCAUCUACGCCACUGGUGAUUAUGAAACAUAGAACGAGAUAAAUGUGAGAUUUGUCACUCAACAACCUGAUGACAUGAAUGUGACUUGGAAAACUUUUCAAUCUAGGAAAAAAAAAUACCGCAUUUGCUAUGUGUACUGUACACCACUUAAGUUCUUCAAACACCCAUCAAUUAGAGAAAUGUUUACAUAAUGCACUCCUGUUUACUGAAUCUGAUGUAAACUCACCUGAUAAGCCUGUUCAUGACACACAAAAAAAAAUCACCUGUACCAGUGAUCAUUCUUUCUUCCCCCUUUUGCUUUACCAACACUGCUGCGUAAUUGCUCUGAAAGAAAUACAGUUGUUCAGUGUGGAACAACGAAGUGCUUAUAAAAAUGUGUGAAUUCCAGCCCUGCUAUUAUAUAGACCUCUGUCCAUAAUUAAAAAGAUGGUCGAUUCA